CGGAUUCUCCACGCUGUCACUUAACUAACUUCCAACCUUUACUACCUUUUGAUUUACCUCUAUCAUGUUCCUCACUGAGCCAUGAUGCUGCUCAUACUCAAGUCCUUUCUCACAUUCCUCGCACUCCUCGCCACCUGCGUCCUCCUGCCUCAGCUGCCCCUGGCCGCUCUCCGCCUGGUGCUCCGCAUUGUGGGUUGGGCCGUGCAGAAGAGAACCAGGUCUCGUCGCGAGUAUAUCGUGUCGCGUGUCCGCGCCGAUGAAGAGGAGUUUGUCAAAAAGAAGUCCACCAAAACAGCUUCAAACCCCGCAGAUGAUGAGGAUUGGGAGCAGGUUGACGCCUCAUAUAGCGCCAGUUCCGGAUCCGCUGGCAAAAAUAUCAACGACGACUGGAAUGGAAUUAUUGGGUUCUUCCACCCAUUUUGCAACGCCGGCGGUGGAGGUGAACGUGUACUUUGGGAAGCUGUGAGAGCGACUCAGAAGCGCUGGCCCAAGGCCAUCUGCGCCAUUUACACGGGCGAUCACGAGGUCAACAAGACAGCCAUGCUGCAAAGGGUUGCAUCCCGGUUCAAUAUCCAUCUGCAUGCUCCCACCGUUGUUCUUCUCUACCUGACCACCCGCAAAUAUGUGGUCAGCGGCAUGUACCCCUACAUGACCUUGCUGGGACAGUCCCUGGGCUCUUUGAUUGUUGCCUACGACGCAUUCAACCUACUCGUUCCUGACAUCUUCGUCGAUACCAUGGGGUACGCCUUCACUUUGGCUUUCAGCAAGUUGCUCUUUCCCUCCGUCCCGACUGGCGCCUAUGUACACUACCCCACCAUCUCUACCGACAUGCUCGGCUCUCUGGACGACCAGACCGGUACCAAGGGCAUCAACGCUGGUGCUGGCAAGGGCCUCAAGGGUCAGGUCAAACGUAGGUAUUGGAUCUUGUUCGCUAAACUCUACGGCUGGGUUGGCGGCCACGUUGACGUCGUUAUGUGCAAUUCCUCCUGGACGUCUGCUCAUGUCCGCAGCCUCUGGGGCCCUGCCCGGAGGACCAGCACCCAUGCGGAACCAACCGUCAUUUUCCCGCCUACUGCCGUCUCUGAGCUCGAAUCCACCAUUCAAGUAGAUGCGGGAACGGAGAAAACCCGGGGACCUGUGAUUCUCUACAUCGCUCAGUUUCGCCCGGAGAAGAACCACCCUUUGCUUCUCCGCUCCUUUGCCCGCUUCCUUCAAAAUUAUCGCAAGAAAGUCUCUUCACAUGUGGAGAAAGAGCCUCAACUCAUUCUCAUUGGCUCUGUCCGCCACUCCUCUCCCGACGAGACUCACAUUUAUAAUCUCCGCUUACUUGCUCACGAACUGCACAUUCGCGACAACACGACGUUUCUCUGCGAUGCCAGUUGGCCCACUGUCCUUGAGCACCUCGCAUCUGCCUCGGUUGGCGUCAAUACCAUGUGGAACGAGCACUUUGGCAUUUGUGUUGUCGAGUAUCAGGCCGCCGGGUUGAUCAGCGUUGUCCACGACUCUGGUGGCCCUCGUGAGGAUAUCGUCGUUGACCUUGGCGACGGUGCGACGGGCUUCCGUGCCAAUACCGAGGAUGAGUUCGCCGCUGCGUUCGAGGCCGCUUUGGCACUCCCGGAGGAGGAGAAGGUUGCAAUGCGGCUGAGAGCACGCAAGUCCGCGCUGAGAUUCACAGAGGAGGAAUUUUCUUUGAAGUGGGUGAAGGAACUUGAAAAGCUGGUGAAGCUUAAGGAAAAUUGAGGGCGAGAGCUAGAAGAUUUUCAUUGCUGGAUGACUCAUUCCUGUGGAGAGCUGGCCAUAAGUGCUCUGGUACAGGGUAAGAGUCCAAAUGGCAGACCAUGUAGCAUUUUUAUGCGCUUAGAUCAGAUGAGAGUCAAUCAGCACUACACUCAAAC